AAAUAAGACAAGUGCGACAUUCGUCAAAAAUUUCGUGUUUUGAAAACAUUGUCGGACUGACAUGUGUAGAGUUUUCUGUGAAAGUUUUGUCUCGUCUCAAUUUAGUGCAACCAUUGUUUUCGUGUGUCAGAUUCGUAAAAGUCCGCGUGGUUCAAAGACGUAGUUAGUGUUUUUGUAUACAAUGCUGUUUUCCCGGUAGUUAGUAACCUUGAAUUAUUAUAAGAAUUGUUACCCUAGGACAAGCACCCAAACUUUGUUGUUACCACCGAAAACGUACCUAAACCAUGUCAGCGGAGACUGAGCUGACGUUGCAGACUGGACUCUCGCCAGUCUUGUUACCAGAUAUGACUGCUCUCAGUCUUAUCGGUCAUCGUACUCAGACAACUCACAUAGCAGCCCAUCCACCUGCUCCUCAACAUACCAGUAUGCAACAGAACAAUUCAAACAAAGCUUGGCAGACCAGUCCUCCUAGACAGACAAGCCCUACCUCACAAACCACAUUCGCGGAGUCAUUGGCAGCGGGUGCAUCCGGAACCUCGUUGGGCCCCACCAGUACCGCUAUCGCACUUCCCACCGCAGCUGGUGCCAUAGCGGCAGUCUCUCCACCAGUGGAACCGCCGGUCUUCCAAUGCCCGAGGAGACCGAACCUCGGACGCGAAGGCCGACCCAUCGGUCUCAAAGCGAACCAUUUCCAGAUCACCAUGCCCAGGGGUUUCGUACAUCACUAUGACGUCAACAUCCAGCCGGAUAAGUGCCCUCGAAAGGUUAACAGAGAAAUCAUCGAGACAAUGGUGAAGGCAUACGGCAAAAUAUUCGGCAACCUAAAACCAGUAUUCGAUGGCAGAAACAACCUCUACACCAGAGAUCCCCUUCCCAUCGGCAAUUCCCGUGAAGAACUCGAAGUCACUCUCCCGGGCGAAGGCAAGGACAGACUGUUCCGAGUCAGCAUCAAAUGGGUAGCUCAAGUCUCCUUGUACGGUCUCGAAGAAGCUCUCGAAGGCAGAACUAGACAGAUUCCGUUCGAAGCUAUCUUGGCUUUGGACGUGGUCAUGAGGCAUUUGCCUUCGAUGAGCUACACGCCCGUAGGAAGAAGUUUUUUCAGCAGUCCUGAGGGAUAUUAUCAUCCUUUAGGCGGUGGUAGAGAAGUCUGGUUUGGAUUUCAUCAAUCUGUAAGACCUAGUCAAUGGAAAAUGAUGCUCAAUAUUGAUGUGUCUGCAACGGCAUUUUACAAAGCGCAACCUGUGAUAGAGUUUAUGUGCGAAGUCCUGGACAUUCGAGACAUAAACGAACAGAGGAAACCUCUAACAGACAGCCAACGUGUUAAGUUCACAAAGGAAAUCAAGGGUCUCAAAAUAGAAAUAACGCAUUGUGGAGCGAUGAGGAGAAAGUACAGAGUCUGUAAUGUGACGAGGAGACCAGCACAGAUGCAAUCAUUUCCACUUCAAUUAGAAAACGGCCAAACUGUCGAGUGUACAGUGGCGAAAUAUUUCUUGGACAAGUACAAGAUGAAAUUAAGAUACCCCCAUUUGCCAUGCCUCCAGGUUGGCCAAGAACACAAGCACACAUACCUACCAUUAGAAGUUUGCAACAUUGUUGCGGGACAAAGGUGUAUCAAGAAGUUAACGGACAUGCAGACUUCGACGAUGAUCAAAGCAACAGCGAGAUCGGCGCCGGACAGAGAACGCGAAAUCAACAACUUGGUCCGUCGAGCCGACUUCAACAACGACGAGUACGUACAAGAAUUCGGUCUGACCAUCAGCAACAACAUGAUGGAGGUCAGAGGGAGGGUCCUGCCCCCGCCGAAAUUACAAUACGGCGGUAGGGUGGCCUCCCUCAGUGGACAGGUGGGCUGGCACAGUAAACAACAAGCGAUGCCAAAUCAAGGUGUUUGGGAUAUGCGAGGUAAACAGUUCUUCACUGGUGUUGAAAUCAGAGUUUGGGCCAUUGCUUGUUUUGCACCACAACGUACCGUCAGAGAAGACGCUCUAAGGAACUUUACUCAACAACUCCAGAAAAUCUCAAACGAUGCCGGCAUGCCAAUUAUAGGUCAACCAUGCUUUUGCAAAUAUGCAACCGGUCCAGAUCAAGUCGAACCCAUGUUCCGUUAUUUGAAGUCCACCUUCCAGUCUUUGCAGCUUGUUGUCGUCGUUCUACCAGGAAAAACACCAGUAUAUGCCGAAGUAAAAAGAGUUGGCGAUACUGUGUUAGGAAUGGCCACCCAAUGUGUUCAAGCGAAAAAUGUCAAUAAGACUUCUCCUCAAACACUGUCCAAUUUAUGCCUAAAAAUUAAUGUUAAGUUGGGAGGAAUCAACAGCAUAUUAGUGCCAUCAAUUAGACCAAAGAUAUUUAAUGAACCCGUAAUUUUCCUUGGCGCUGACGUGACCCAUCCCCCUGCCGGCGAUAACAAGAAACCUUCGAUUGCCGCGGUGGUAGGUUCCAUGGACGCCCAUCCAUCGAGGUAUGCUGCUACAGUUCGUGUCCAACAACACAGACAAGAAAUCAUACAAGAAUUAAGCUCUAUGGUCAGAGAAUUACUCAUUAUGUUUUAUAAGUCAACAGGUGGUUACAAACCUCAUCGAAUUAUCUUAUAUAGGGAUGGAGUUUCCGAAGGACAAUUUUUACAGUUGCUGCAGCAUGAACUUACUGCUAUCAGAGAGGCUUGUAUUAAAUUGGAAGCUGACUACAAGCCAGGUAUCACAUUUAUCGUGGUCCAGAAGAGGCAUCACACAAGGCUCUUCUGUUCGGAUAAGAAGGAACAAAGUGGCAAAAGCGGAAACAUUCCAGCCGGAACUACUGUUGAUGUCGGCAUCACUCAUCCGACAGAAUUUGAUUUCUAUCUCUGUAGCCAUCAAGGAAUCCAGGGUACUUCAAGACCAUCACACUACCACGUCUUGUGGGACGAUUCACAUUUAGACUCGGACGAACUGCAGUGUUUGACAUAUCAGUUAUGUCAUACUUAUGUUAGGUGUACCAGGUCCGUUUCGAUACCUGCGCCAGCCUAUUAUGCUCACUUGGUGGCCUUUAGGGCUCGUUAUCACUUGGUAGAAAAAGAGCAUGACAGCGGUGAAGGUUCCCACCAAUCGGGAUCCUCGGAAGACAGAACUCCUGGAGCGAUGGCCAGGGCGAUAACUGUCCACGCCGAUACCAAAAAAGUAAUGUACUUUGCAUAGAAGAGGCCCAGAUGGCAAAUGUACGGAUAGAAACGUUGAGACAACCGUAAAAACAUAGCGACCAAAUCGAUAUGGUGCAGAUAUCGACAUGAGGUACAAAUGUAGCAUAUUUGUUUUGCUUUGUUUAAGAUUUCCAAGUUGUUUACGACUGUUUAAGCGUCUCGUGUUGUUUAAGCGACCCGGAUCCGAAACGGAUCCAAGGCGGAUCCAACGCGGAUCCGAAAGUGAUUCGACACGGAUCCGAAACGGAUUCGAGUCGUUUCGUAUGUUUUAUAGAUUUAUCAAAAUACGCAGCACUAAAAAGCAGCUCGUGAGUCAAAUAAAUGUCUUAAUUUUUACAAGAAACUGUACCAAGUGGCGUUCAAUAUUUUAUUAAAUUGAUAUUUUUUUACUAUUUGAUAAAUUAACUUUAGUACUUUGUCAAUACGUUAGAUAUUUAACGAAUGUGAAAUUUUAUAGCGUUAUAAGGAUUUUUUUUCUAAAGUCAAUACCUGUUUAUACACUAAACAAAAUAAUUCAAAGAACACUCGCAAUCCAAAAAGUUUUUAAUUAUAGCGACGUAUUAUUUUUAUAUAUUUGCAAAUAUUACUAUUUGGUUUCAUCAAAAAAUAUGAUGCAGCUCAAAGAUACUAACGUUGGCCUUAAAUUGUAGAAGUUCCAGCCCACAUUUAAACUAAUACACUGAAUGUUACUAACGUUUUUGACCCCCUUUUCAAUUAUACUGUCAAAAACUGACUAAAACCGAUGACGCACAAAUGCGUCAUCUGCAACACUAAUGCAUCGGUGCGUGAUGAGCAUGGCAUUAUUUUCAAUUAUCCUGUCAAAAACUGACUUUCAUAAAAGCAUGACGCACAAAUGCGUCAUCUGCUACAAUAUCGCUUAUAACGCAUCGGUGCGUCACGAGCAUUAAGUAAGUUAACCAGCGUAUUCGAUGUAUUUUUAUGCUGCGUUUGUAUACAUAUUUUGAUUGUUUCGUAUAAAAUCAGAAUGCCAGUCUUUUCUCGAGUUAUACAGGGCACAGGGUGGUCUUUAAGUGAUUAUACAAAAAGAAACAGUAGAUUAUACUCUUCAAAAUAUGUGAUUUAAGCCAAGUUGCUUUAAUAAAAUGCGUAAGAAAGAUACAGGGUGUUAAAAUUUACAAUAUAUAUGUACAUCAAAUUAUAACUACUCAAAAGCACUCAAAGUUAUAAUUUUUUAUAGAGCUAUAGCGAAAAAUAAAAUUGUAACUUUUAACACCCUGCAUCUUUCUUAAUGUCAACAUUUUAUUAAAGCAAGUUAGCUUAAAUCGUAAUAUCUAUUUUAAAGUGUGGAAUCUAUUGCUUCCUUUUGUAGAAUUACGUCACCAUCCGACAUACCGUUAUACCCCCACCCCAAAAAUGCCAAAAACGAGCAGAAUGGACCUUCAAAAUUUCCCUAGAAUCUGGGAAAAUUUUGAUUUUCUAUCUCACUCUAACACAGGCUCUUAUGAAAGACGCUGUUGCCGGAUGUUGUGAACUGUCCAGUUUUUCAGGAGAUCUAGGGAGAUUAGGCUCUUCUGGAAGGCGCUGUUGCCAGAUGUUAUUGAAAUGCUCAGUUUUUCAGGAGAUCUAAGGAAAUUUUACUUUUGUGGUCCACCUUGUAAAUUACUACUUAAAUUAUUGUUCUAUAAUUAAAAACUGAAUAAUGACAUAAAUAAACGUUCUUUUAGUUAUUUUGUGUAUAUUUGUAUUCCAAUAAUACCAAAGCUAUUGGUAACUUUAUUUUUUACCAAAAAAAUGCACCGUGUCUAUCCAAUUGUUUAUUGUUCGACUUUAUUUAUAUCUAGCCAUUAGUUUGUAAUAUUUCCAAUUUUUUUAGUCCAGUCCAUCUGGAGUUACGGAUUACGCUUAUAUAGUUUUUUCUUCGGAUAACGUUUGCAAUUAAGUUUAAUCUUCUUCUUCCACAUUUAAUUUUAAAAACGUAUGUUACGUUGUUGUUUUAAUAGGAGUAUCCAAUCUGUAGAUAACUAUUUUUCUGAUCGUGUUAUUGAAAUAAUUCUUUUGAGUAACAUAGAUUUACUAUUGAUGAUCGUUUCAUUGGCCAAUUUAGUAAAAAUCUUACAAAUCAUUAAUUAUUUAUCUUUAUUUAUUAUUUAAAGAAUCUUGCAAAAGAUGAGAUAGUAAUGAUUUUCGAAUAGCAAUCUUACCAAGAAAUACAAAUUUGAAUGUGGUACGACGUUGAGAGUGGUGUGCAUGAACAAACUUCGAUUAAAAAUUGACAAUUGACAAUUCAGUUGACACAAAUUGACAUUUCUACAGAAUAAAUAAAGAGUGCAACUUAUAUAUUUCUUGACCAAUCGUCUAUGAUAGCAUUAGAUAUUGUUUUUGAAGUCUGUUAAUUUCUUUUCAUCUUCUAUAGGUCGUUUUUAUACAGUGGUGAAACCUAUGUUUUAGUGAUGUUUGCGACCGGAUAUUCUAUUCACAGCAGCUUGAAAUAGGUCAUUUGAUGUUAGGUCAGUCCAUUUACUAAGAUUGGCCAACGGAGGUCCAAGGCCUCUCUUGUCCUCAAUCUUGGCUUGUAAAAUAAACUGUAGAAAUCGGUAUUUACUAUUUCACAUAAUUUGACCGAAGUAGGCCAAUUUUCGAUUCUUUAUGGUGUUAAUAAUUUCUUUCUCUUAGCCUGUGGAGAAUAUUUAUAUUAGUUGUGUGAUGUAUGUAUAAGACCUUUAACAUACGUCGGUUGCACCACAUUUCAAAUGCCUCUAAUCGUUUUAUGGCAUCUUCUGUAAGAUUCCAGCUUUUUACUCUCUAGAGGAGGGUACUAAAGACGAUCUAAGAAACUUUAUGCUUAUAUUGAUACAUACAGAUAAGUUGCAGGAAAUCUUCCUAGGGGUAUUAAAAGUGCUUCUGGCUUUUUCAAUCUGAGUUUUUAUUUCGUAGCUAUGAUCCCAGGUAUCCUUAAUUUUGCAGCCCAAAUAGCAUAUUUUUUCACUUUUUCUAACAGUGUAUCGCUUAUUGUAAUUUGGGCGUUUAUGUUGGGAUACUUAAUGACUGUCACUUGUCACUAAUUCGACAAAAGUGUUGCCAACUGCUAAAACAAAGUAAAACUGUACAACAAAACUCGCGUAUUCCCUCGAUUUGCACUCUUUUGUCGGAUUGUGCAUGUAAUUGAAGGUGAUGGUUCAAGCUCACAUUCUUGAGAUCGAAAACUUCGUAUAUUUCAAUAUAUAUCAUUACUACUCAAUUUUUUGUAAGAAGACAUUUUGAAAACAUUCUUAAAAACUCUUCAACCUCAUUUAGAAUAUUUGUACAGAAUUAUGUAGAAAACAAUUUUUAUGUAAAAAAUCUAGACAGAUUGGACAUGGGAUGUAGUUCUCAUAUUAAAAAUAAUUCCAAUGUGGCAGGUACAUGUCAUGCUUGUCAAAAGAAGCUUUAAAAUUAGUUAAGUCUUUCAAGUUAUUUCUACAAACAGAACCGUGGUAGUUGACUAUGCCCGCUUUGUAUCUAAAACAAUCAACAGGGUGCUGUGAAGACUGGGGCCGAAGCACAACAUGUUAUUUGAAGCUAUGGGGCAGCUGAGGAAAUAUGAGUACCGAUAAUGUGCCUUUAAAAUUGCUCUCAUUACGAUAUACUUACUUUGUUACUUAAUGUCUUUUGAAAUGUCACAAGUACUCUACUGAAAUUACUUUUAGAAAUGUGAUAGUUUCUAUCUGAAUUUUUUUUAUCCGUUACCCGCUUCUGUUUGUAGAUUUCAACUGCUAUCGCAGCCAAUCUAAAGCUGUUAGCGUAGGUUGUAUUAUAUUUGUGUGUAAUUUUAUUCCAAGGAACACGAUGUGUCCUGUAUUUUUAUCCACAAUACAAUAAUGAAACCCCUAGGGAUGCCAACUCUUUAACACAGUUGUUGUAGAAAAAGUUCCACGCAAAAGUUCCACGCAAAACUAUACAUUUCCAUUUGUUUCUUGUUAUUAUUUUUAGGCCCCACGUUGGGCGCCAAAAAUCAAUAUUUAAUAUCAUUAAAUAAUGAACUAAAAAUUCGAAAACUGUGUCGAAAAAAGUGGAUAAAAGUACAAGACGAUGACUAGUUCCGCAAUAGCCUAGAAUGUGCACGAAAACAAACAAAUUAUACUUUCCUUUUAUGACACAAACCUUAGUCUAUGUAUAUCAAAUGAUGAAUAUUUGGUGCUUAACAGGUCUUGAGGUAUUUCUCAAAACAAAAAAAAAAGUCAUUCAAUUUAGAAACAAAAAGUUGUAAUAGUACAUAUUAUUUAUUCAUAUCGUUAACAAAUGAAAUACUUUGAGGAAAAAACAAUAAUUUUUAGUCAUAGUAAAACCUAAGUACUGAUUGGUCCAAAAAUUUGGUAGCGAUUAGACCUGAUCUCUAAAAUAAAUCCAAAUUGAUUCUAUUUUUGUACUAUAAUAAUACUGAUAAUAUUUUUAAAUUGUGAAACAUUUCGAUUAUUGUAAAACUUUGUACUACUCACUUGUUCGUAAACACUGCUAGUCACAGCUUGUAUGGUGGAUAUUUUGUAUUUUCUUCCAAUUGAUUCCAGUGUUUUUGAACAUACUUUUGACUUAUAUGAAACAAGUACGUUAAGUGGGGUAAUGGAACACGAGCAAAUAAUACGUUCCACACAUGAAAAUAUUACGAUUUUGCUUGACUUACAACAGUUUUUUGUAUUGAUUAUCGUGAAAUUUAAUUUAUUUUGAAGAUCAUAAUUUUUAUUUGAGUAUUACUGCUGUCUUCAAAGUUGUCGGCUAUGAUUUUUUGCUGUAGAUUAGAUAAUUUACAUACUUUCAAUGGUACAGUGGUUUAAAAACAUGAUGUGGGUUUUUUAAUCUUUUUACAAUUAUUGUAAACUCACUUCAAUUUAUCUUAUCGAGGUUCCCAGCACAAUACUGAGAUCCUUAGACACUAUAACUUCACCUACACUAUAUUUGCUGUAGAUUUCUGAGCAGUUCCGUUGAAAUUAUGGCUUUAACAUGUCUCUUCACUUUUCUUGAAGAAGUAAGCACCACAAGCAUAAAACACACCAAUCAGUUUUUCGGGAAUGAAAUUGCAGUUUGACAAAGACUAGAUGAUUACUUUCAGUCCAAAUGCUCCAAUUGUCGCAUCGCAUCAACUCAACUAAGAAUAACCUGAACAAAAUUUUUUUGUUAAUGGGGAUCAAACCUGACAUUAAUCACGUGACAGAUGUCAAAAUAUCUGUCACCGAGAGCAGUGUUGCCAAUUUAAAAUUUUAUGUCUUUGUUGUUGUAUGAAAGUUGUAAAGAAAAUCGUAGUAUUUUUAAAUGAUCGCCUUCUAGCGUCUGUUUUGAAUAUAAUAUGUUGUUUUCAAAUUUUUGAACCAUUCCGUACGUUAUAACAGAGUCUAGACAAUAAUCAAAUAAAAGAAAAAAAAGUUUAGACGACAUUCCAGAAGCACAAUAACAGUGUGAUUGUCAUUUUUUCAUUUGUAAGUUUUGUAUAUAUUAAUUCGAGGAUUAAGAAAGCGAAAAUUCUCUAAAGAGCAAAGUGGUAAAAUAGUAUUAGGUCAUGAAUUCUAAUUAUUAUCGUCUAGCAUUAAGUGACUAGCAUUAUGUUCUUUAUUAAAACUGUGCUUUAUACUUGUAAAACUAACUUGCAAACUGCGUGUAAGUUUUUAUCAAGAUGAUUAUUAUCGUGUAACUAUCAAAAUUAUGAGUAGUACAGUAUAUGAAGGUAAAAAUCAACUAUUAAUUCAGAUUUCGGUGAACCUCCAUCGAUUUUCAUGAAAAUUGGUGAGUGGUUAGAGCAUACCUCAAGGAACAGAAGUGACCUAUCGGGCCUAUUCUGUAACUACAAAUCGAAUAGAGAUGAGUCAAAUCGAAUAGAUGUAAGCAAGUCGGAUCGACAUUUGUAGGAAUUUGUAUUCUGUAACUCAUCGACCUCUACUAUCGCAACGUUGGAUAGAAAUUGAUUUCGACUACACAAGCCCUGUCGAGAUCACAUUUAGACGUCGAAAUUGGUCUUGACGCUUGUGCAAUGGUAUCAUUAUUGUUGUUUUGACGUUUAUUUUGUUGUUUAGUUAGAUAGUUGUAUAUUUACCAGUAAUUAUACAGCAUCAAGGUUAAUAGUGUAGCACGAUAAAUUAAACAAACAAAAAUGUACUUAGACAAUGUUGUUAGGUCAUAGGCAUGAUAAACUUUGUGCUACAUAACUUUGCGGAAUACCCCGGUAAGCUACAGUCUCGAGAGAUUUAAGGGAGUGAGUUUUUGAAAUAAUAUUUAGUAUUAAGAAAAAGUAUUAAUUAUUGGGCGCCAUCAACAAAUCAAAAUAUACUGCCAUAUGCCUAUGCAACAAUAAAAUACAAAAAAAAAAUUUUAACGAAUUGUUUUUAUACGAAAAAUAAAAUUCCAUAGUUUUUUUUAUUUAAAAAAAGUAACUGCCUAAUUGCUUAUUAUUGAAUCAUUUGCACAAUUUAAUAAUUUAAACAUUGCUCACUUGAUAAUAGCAAAAUUUUGUUUAAACAAUUGAUUUUUAGUUAAAAGGUCGGGGACCACGUCCUUGCGCAGCUUGAAUUAAGUUAUUCUUGAAAAAGGCAUACUCUACGCCACUAUUAGAUACACAAGAAUAUACCGGUAAAGUAUUUACGACAAACACAUCGCUCUUGCUACUUUCACUACAGAAUCUACUCAAGAUUCCAUCUGAGCCUAACUUUGGCACAGACCAAAAAAAAACCGGACUUCACUGCAUGUCCGAUCAAACUUGACUAAAUUUUUUUGACAGAACUUUGACUUUCUGCCCUAAACUCGUAUUCCCUCUCCUUUCUGUCAACUAAUUCUCUUUUUUGACCAAUAAAAAAAUAUCUAAGCUUCCUACACUUAUUAUCAACCAAUAGGGAAAAUCAAAACACAUUCUAAAUCCAACCUCUUUGGUAGGGAAUUAUACUCUUUAACCUAUAGCAAAGUCAGCGAACCUCACUUAGUUCUAACAAUUUCAAGAAAGAUAUUGCUGAAUCCACGAUUAACACCUGCGCUCUCUGAUUCCAAAGUAGCACGUUUUGUGUAUAUAACUUCCUAAAUUCGUGGCGCCAAUGACCAUUAUAAUACAUUGUAACUCUUUUCCACCUCAAAAACUGAAUGUUAAAAGUUCAAUUUUCGAGCGAUAAUAUAAACACAGGAAACCGAAGUUAGAUGUGACUGCAAAAUAUAAUAACGUCUUUGUUAACAAGACGGAUAAACUACAAUUCCACAUUCAAUUAUUCUAACGUUUUUUCGGGACAAAUAAAUUCCUUGAAUUUAUUCUUAUGUCUACAGGGUGAGACAAAAAUGUGUUACAAUACAUUUACGAUUUUUGGUUUCUGGACAAGGCAAAAUAAUUGCGUUCUUUCGCACCGUUUCAAUAGAAAUCAUCAAACAUUUUAAGAAUUGCUACUUUAAUUAAUUUGCUGGUAGAAUGUGUAGAUUUGCACGUAUCUAGUGUGGUUCAAACGAAAAACCAAAAUUUUCCUUAGAGAAAAACGUGAAACGUGCAAUAAUAUUUUAUGUUCAGAGAUAAAGUCUACUAUCUAAUUUAAAUACUCAGCAGAUGUUUUUUUGGUGUUCGUGUUCCACUUGCCAUUUUUUAUUCUUAUGUUGAAUUUGUUUGUCAAACUUAACCAAAACAAAUAAAAAUUUCUUCUUUUUUUGAUGAAGUCUGCGCGCCGCACGAGCCUUUCCAGUAGCUUAACGUCAUAGACUCACAGAACACUUAAUUCACUUUUCAGUGCGGGGUUGCCACCACUUCCUAAGCGCGUCAAAUAGAAGUUGGUGUUUUCGAUUUACACUGAUUACGAUGUAAGUUACGGAAUGCCAAUCCAAACACGAAAACAACGCGAUAGAUAUCCAACAUUCCGAUUUUGAGUAAUUACAUAAUAUAACAUAUUUUGCUUAGAAUUUGUUCCUGUAUCAAUUUGUGGGGUUAUUUUUAAUAAAAUAAUUUUUAACCCGCGAGAACGGGUGGCAUCCACCCCCCAGUCUAAAAGCGGAAGUUGGCACCAUGUCAUUCUGUUCCUUAAGGUAUCCUCUAAUCUAACCACUCACCAAUUUUCAUGGAGGGUCACCGAAAUCGUAUUUAAUAGUUGAUUUUUACCUUCAUACACAUACUAAUAAGUUUUUAUCGAAUUGAUUAAUAUUGUGUACAAUUGCCAUCAAAUUAUUGCAGAAAAACUGAUAUUAAGCGUAUUACAAAGUCAUUAGUUUUUGAGUGGUGUGAUUAAGUUUCCGGCACAGGUAGAAAGUAAUAAAUGUUAAUCUAUUGUACGUUUAAUUAUUAUACCUGUUAUUCAGUAUGUUUCCCCCUCGAAAAUUAACGACACAACUCAAAUACAAAUGACUUUAAUAAAAAUGAAUAACCAUUUUCAUCUCGUUGCAACACGAAUCUAAAGCCGUCUUAUAUUUCAGUUUGUUUAGAGAGCGCAACAAGCACUCUGACCGAAGGGUUCCAAAACAUCUCUAGUUUUUCAUCAGAGAAUGCAUAUGUUGCUAUCUCAGGUAGAAAUGACUUUGUAAUAAGCUUGAGUUAAGGUUUUCUGCAAUAACUUGUUGGCAACUAUAAUUAUCAAAAUUAUCAGUCCAUCGAGUCAAACGGUUGCAAAAAUGACAGUUACAGCUGAAAAUUCUAAUAUAGCACUGUACUCUAAAAUGCAUAUGAAGUGGAUCUUAAUAAUUUAUUUUAGGUUAGAAAACCGCAUAUACUUACCUAAGUAACAAAGACGUUAGUUUUAAGACUGUCUUGAUCGAUGGCGUAGCACUAAGCCGGGUAAUAGAAAAUUGAGAUUUAAAACUUCUUAAAGAAAUUUGAUGUGAUGAUAAUUUUUAUUAAAAAAAAAAUGGGAACUUGGAUUUUCGGUGUAAAAAGCUUUUGUUUGACAGAGGUCCGCGGUGAAUUUUGACGGUCCGCAUCGAACUUGUGUGGUCCGCAGCAAACUUUUGGGGUUUGCAACGAUAUGUUAUCGUUCACAACGAUAUUACGCACGUUUUCUACGAAUUUUUGUGGUCUGCAAUGAACUCAUUCGCUCCGCAUCAAACUUGUGUGGUCUGCAACGAACUUUUGUGAUCCGCAACGAACUCAUGCAAUCCGCAACAAACUCUGACGGUCCGCAUAAAACUUGUAUGGUCCGCAACGAACUUUUGCGGUCCGUACGAACUUUUGUGUUCCGUUACGAACCUCCUGCAUCCCGUUACCAACUUGUGCUGCCCGCUACAAAAUUGAAUGACAAGAGGAAUAAAUCAAUUCAUUUUACCAACAGUAAAAAAAGAAAAUAAAUUAAUGGCUUAGGAUGAAAACCUCAUAUCUCAUUUUAGAGAAAAUUUUACAGGAGAGACUUAAAACUGAAUUUCUGCAUACUAUAAUCUAAAAUAUAUAUGUGAAAAAUUUAUGUGUAACGAUCUAAAUGUGUUCAGAAUAAAAAAUAAGUAAAGAUAGUUUUUUGUUUUUAGGUUACAGUAUGCAGAGAUUCGGUUUAAAGUCUCUCAUGUAAAAUUUUCAACAUGCGUUGGAAACAUGUGAGUCCGCAAUGAACGUGUGCGGUCUGCAACAAACUUUUGCGGUCCGCAAGGAACUCAAACGUUCCGCAAUUAUCUCGUGCGGUCCGCAACAAACUUAUCUGUUCCGUUGCGAACUUUCUGCUGCCCGUUAAGUACCAACUUAUGCUGUCCGCUACGAAAGCGAAUAACAAGAGGAAUAAAUCUUAGUUCAUUUUACCAACAUUAAAACAGAAAUGAGUCAAUUUACAGAUAAACAAAAGGUAUAAUGACCAAGAAAAGGAGGAAACCAAGCUGUAAUGAUACUUUUGGGCACUAGCAAAGCAGACAUUACACCAGGUAGACCAUUAGACACUAUCACUUGAUCUGCACUAUAUGUGGUGUAAAUUUCUGAGAAUGUUCCUCUGGACGAUCAGUUGCGCGAAUAACAAAAACUAGAACACAUAAAUUCAACUAAGAAUAAGCUGAAUAACAUUUUCCAGCUACGAAAGUGAAUGACAAGAUAAAUAAAUCUUAAUUCAUCUUACCAACAUUAAAAAAACGAAAUGGGACAAUUUACAGAUAAAUAAAAGGUAUAAUGACCAAGAAAAGAAGGAAAACAAGUUGUAAUUAUACUUUUGUGGACUGAUAAAGGAGACACCUACACCAGGGAUGGAAAAACCUUGUCCCGCAGUUCAGACUGCGAAGAAAAAUUCCGCGAUCUGCUAUAAGCGACGAAUACAAGCAGGCUACGACAAGUUUUGCGAUCCUCAAUGAGUUUCUGCGAUCUGCAACAAGUUUCUGCGGUCAGCAACGCACUUGAAGAGAAGAAUAAUCCAAGACGCAUUUCUGCGUUUCGCGAUGAACUUUUGAAUUCCGCGAAUAAUUUCAACGUCCCGCGACAAAUUUCCGAAUUCCGCGAUGAGUUUCUGCGGUCAGCAACAACGCACUUCAGAUGUUAAACCAAAAGGAAAAUAGAAAAUGAGGCAAUUUAUGAAUAAAUAAAAUAGGUAAUAAUAAAUGAGAAGAGAAGAAUAAUCAUCCAAGACGCAUUUCUGCGUUUCGCGAUGAACUUUUGAAUUCCGCGAAUAAUUUCAGCGUCCCGCGACAAAUUUUUGAAUUCCGCGAUGAGUUUCUGCGGUUACUUCAGUUGUUUCGCUAUGAACGGAUUUAAUGGAAGUACCGUUAACUGGAUGACAAAGAAAAAUAUCUCAAAAUUCGUAAUAAAAACGUUACAAUUAAAAAAAAAAAAAUACGAAUAAAUAAAAUACGUAGGUAAUGAUAAAUAAUAAGAAUAAAUAUCCAAGACGCACUUCUGCGUUCCGCGAAGAAUUUCAGCGUUCCGCGACAAAUUUGUGUAUUCCGCGAUGAGUUGCUGCGGUCCGUAACUCACUUUAGGCGUUCCGCUACGAACUGAUGCAACUGACGUACGAUUAGGUGGAUAACAAGGGAAAAUAACUCAUAAUUCAUAAUAAAAACGUUAAUCCAAAAGGAGAAACAGAAAAUGAGACAAUUUAUGAAUAAAUAAAAUGCGUAGUGAUAAAUGAGAAGAGAAGAAUAAACACACAUAUACAUUCUGCGAAGAAUUUCUGUGCUCCGCGACAGAUUUCUGUGUUCCGCGGCAGAUUCCUGCAUUCCGCGAAGAAUUUCUGCGUUCCGCGACAAAUUUCUGUAUUCCGCGACAAACUUCUACAUUCCGCGACGAAUUUCAGCUUUCCGUGGCGAUCUUCCGCAUUCUGUGACACAUCAAUUUACUGUGCGGAUUGUUCUAAUCGCAAGUGAUCGAUGUUUUACUCUAAAUUUGAUGACGGAUGUAUCUUUACCAGACUUUUGAGAAUACCGAUUAAUUACAUUUGAAAAUUCCAACUUCCGAACAAUCUUUUAUUACGCUUAUGACCUCUACAAAUAAAUUAGGACGUUGCUACGUUGUUAAAUGAUCUCGAAUUUUCUAAUUUAUGAGUGUACUAUUUUAUGCGACCGUCGUUGAUCAAGACUUGAAUAAAGCCGAUUUUGAAUAGUUCUUAAGAGAUAAUCUGAGCCGGGAGUACCUAUUGUGGAAAAAAUAUGAAAGAAGCAAAUUUUACGUAUCAUAAGCAUACUUAUUAGAUAGUAAUAAUGACAGCAAGGCAACAGUGACCGAACGGAUUUUUUGAAUGUCAUUCUUAGUGAUAGAGGUUUUGUCAUUUUUAUCUUUAUACACAAUAAAACAGUAUUAGGAUCUCGUGCAAAAUUCUUAUUAUUUAUGCGAAGAGAUUUUUUAACCCAUGAAGGACAGAUUUUUAAAGUUUUGUAAAAAACUGUUUGUUUACUUAUUUAGGAUUAAUUACUUUCUGCAAUAUCGUGCCAAAUUCGAAUAAUUAUAUCACUAUUGAAUAUUAUGUAUAUGUAUGUAAUUGUGCCACUACAUGAAUAAAGGGUCACUACGGUAUCUUCACAUUAUGGUUAAUUGAAACAAUUUUUGUAAGUUAAGAUAAAAAUAUAUUUCCGAGGAAAAAAUUACGGAGUAAAAAUCUUCUUAUAGUACGCGGAAAUGUACUUUAUUACAAUCCUUUUCAGUUGAGAAUGUUUGAGGGGUUCCUAAAGGACUUUUUUACAGUAAAGUACGCAGAGCUGCUCUUUUAUUACACUAUUUGACAGUUGACAAAAUUUUAGCGGUUCUUAACCUUCGGAUGACCAAGGGGGGUAAAUUUGGACCACAGCGUACAUUUUUCUUUAAUACAUUCAAAAGUAUUUUCAAUUUUUAACUCAUUAUUUUUUUAUUUGACUUUAAUAUCAUUCUAGAUAUCCUCCUAUUUUGAAAUAAAAAAAAUUCCGUAUAUUAUCGAAUAAAAAAUAUAUUCUGAAGUUGAUGUUUAGUAAAAUACCGUCUAUUAUGUGGAAUUCCAAGUAGUUUUACACUGCGCGUUAUCAAAAUCUAUUUUUAAACUGUGGUGCCUGUUAUGUACGAAUCAUGACAUUCCUGUCUGCUACAGUUAGUCAUUAUUAUUAUUUCCUGGCGUAUAUUAUUAUAGUUUCUUAGUUUUUUGUGUACAUAUAAGAUAUGACCCGCAAAUAUCUUACUGAGGCUGAGAUACAGGAAAUUGUUACUCCUAGCGAUUUUUAUGAUGAUAUAGAAGAUGAAAUAGUAUCAGAAAACGAGGAUCUAUUGUUAGAUGAAGAUUUAAAUGCUGAAAACAUUCAUUACAGGUCAUUUUUGACCUGGGGUCAUUUUUUACCCUCGUUGGUCAUCCGUGUAACAAAAAAAGGUUGGUCAUCGGAAGGUUAAAGGACUUUGGAACAAUCUGGGACAUUUCAGAUAAUCUGCAAGAGUUUACGUAAUCCUCCACUGAACUCUGGAGGACUUUACAAGCAACUUCGAAAGUUUUCAGGAGCUCUGAAGGACUGCAAGAUUGUAUAUUGCUUUCAGAAAUGAAAAUCUAUAAUAAAGAUGAUAAAAUAAGGUUUUUUCUUUGAUCCUAUAGAACUUGCAGUGCAACAUAUGCAGUAGAAUCUUCUUAAAGUACGCAGAACUGAAUUUUAAUACAAUAUUUGGCAUUUGAGAAUAUUUGAGGAGUUCCUAAAGGAUUUCGGAACAGUCUGGAACGUUUCAGACCGUCUGCAAGAGUUUACAUCACCUUCUACUGGACUCUACAGGAUUUUACAAUGACAUUGAAAGUUUUCAGGAGCUCUGGACUGUGGAGGACUGCAAGAUUGUCUAAGUUUUCGGAAAUAAAAUCGAGAUGAUAAAGUAGAUUUCUUUCUUUGCUCCUAAAGGAACAACCGGAAAAUGUUUCAGGCGCUCUGAAAGACUCUACUGGAUCCUUGAAGGGUUUUACAGUAAAUUGGAACGUUUUUAGAAGCUCUGGAGGACUGCGAGCUUGCCUACGUUUUCAGAAAUAAAAUUUUAUUAGAGGAGGUAAAUUAGGGUUCUUUGUUUUGAACCUAAAGAACUUCGGAACAAUCUGAAAUGUUUCAGAGGGUCUGAAAGAGUUAACAUCAGCUUCUACUGGACUCUGAAGGGCUUUAUAGUUAAUUGGAACGUUUUUAGAAGCUCUGGAGGACUUGAUCGGAAGGUUAAUUCCGAUUGUAUAAAGCUGUAAGUCAGUGGUUCUAUCAGAUUUAUAAAAAACUUGUGAUCUCUCAUUCCAGUAAUUUAUGUAUCAUGCGGUAGCCAAACACGUGCAGUACACUAUAUGGUUAAAUUUGUUUCCGCAAGUGUUUUGCCUAUUUAAUAUUAUGUAUGUUGCCGAAAGGCAACAUAAUUCACUUAAGGGUUUGGAUGAAAGUUAGUCUAUGUUAUAGUUUAUAAGGAGCAGCACCAAGGUAAACGUGGUCCUGGUAAAAGAAGAACAUCAUGGCUGAAAAAAGAGAAUGGUACAGAAAAUCGAUUAUAUGAUUAUUCAGAGCUACUAUCAAUAAAGUCGCGACAGCGAAUAUGGCAGCCAGCAUGAUAUCUAACUGUCAUUAACCUUUUAGUUGCCCCUCUGCAUUUAAGACAAUUUUUAGUACAACUGAAUGUUAUUGUCAAAUAUUAACGUUAGUCCUGCGUGGGUUAAAUGAUCGUAUCGUAUUGACAUAUUUUUAAACCAUUUUCCUGAGGAGUACAAAAUUGUGUUGUCAGUUUGAUGGGUAAUCUGAGAGAUUAUUUUUUAUCGAGCAUAACAUUUUUCUUUUAUUUUAUUGGUAUAAAUUGUAAUUAAGUCCAUAAAAUGUAAAAAAGGCAACUUCACAGAAUUUGUAUGUGAUUCUUAACCUACGCGAAGGUAAGAACCAACCCCAACUUUUUUUUAAUGGCAUGGGGGUCAAAUAAGAUAUCGGUCUCUAUACAUUAGUCUUUAAAUUUUUAAAUUCGGUCCAGUACUUUAUUUGAUUUAUUAGAAAAGAAUUUAAAUUAAUAUUUUUAGCUGGUUACUUAUUUCUUAGUUGACCAAAUGGUGAAAUUGAUGACCUCCUGCGUCCAUACAAUGAUAAAGGUGUGUUUGAAACAUUCUUCCACAUUCCAACGCAUUUGAAGAGUGAUUCGUAGUCAUUCGUUGACGUAAAUCUUCUAAGCAUACGUGUGGUAUUCUAUAGAUUUACUUUUUAGGUACCCCCACAAAAAAUUCAGGGGAGACAAAUCUUUUCACCAAGGAGGCCAUUUGACACUGCCUCAUCAUAUUGUUGUAAAAGUGCCUUUUCUGCAAAAUGGCUUUAAUUCGACAAUACCAUAUCGUGAUAAUUAUUGAUUGCAAGAGUACCAAAUAGUACCUCGAUAAAACUGUUAAUGUGCCAAUGAUAUCAGAUUGCCCAAAUCGAAACCCUUUAAUUCUAUUCUAGUCAAUUAGUGGCAAAUUUCUUUUUUAUUUGAUCUGCGCCUUCUUCCGAAAUUGCUACUGCAGUACUUAACAGCAUUUUCUCAUUUUACAACGAAAUGUUGCAAAGUACCUUUUAACUAGUCUUGCUCGUUGAUACUCUCCUGAAAUGACAAAACACAACUUUACUAAAAACCUAUAAACCUUUCGAAGCCCAAAAAAGCUAAACCAAACUUGAUUGCCAUUAUUAGAUGUAAGUACUUUGAAAAUUCGGUGGUACUGCUGUCUUGCCAAUGGUGACAAACAACUGGAAGAUAUUUGAUAGACUGCAAAAAAUACCUCUCAAUAACGACCGUCAAUAAAAUAUGCCUCCAAAUAACGGACACCAAAAUACAAAAUUGUUGGCCGUUAUAUAAAUGUGGCCGCUAUUGACAGGUUUUGCGGUCAACACAUACAUAAAAGAUAUUUGGAACUUUGUUUAUUUUUAUUUAUUUUUAUUAAAGUAAAUAUAAUUCUAUAGAUUAUAGAUAAACGGACUACUAAAACUACUUUAAUAUACUAAUACAAAACAAAAGUACAUACUAUAUUACAAAAGAUAGAUGUUAAGAGUUUUUAAAGUAGGUAUGUAUCAAUUUUUGUUUGCUUUACAUUUUUUAGCUUUCAUUUUAGAGCCUCAACUUAACAUUUAAGUAAAAUUGGAGGCACAUCCGCAAAAAAUUCACCAUUAUUUUUGCACAAUAGAUAAGUUUAUAUGUAAAAAACUCUAACAUGAAGUAAAAACCACUUCUAUGUAAUUGGUAUAUUAUUAAAAAUUUUAAAAAUCCCAAUGGAUUAAAAAAAUGUGUCCAAUUCAGAACGUUUUCGGACCUAUCAGUCCAUCAUCAGUGAAUCUAAAAUAGAAUAAGUAAUCCCACUAUUAAAAUUGAAAGAUGGUUGAAAUUUUGAAAGUUAAAAAAAAUGUGGUUAUGAUUACUUACUCAAAUACUUGCUAAAUAGCCCCAGAACCAAACAAUGGUUGAAAUUAUAAUUCAAUCUACAUUAUGUUGUAGUAAUAUUGAACAGGCUAAACGCAGAUGUUAAAAGAUAUAACCUCCGGGAACAUGGUGAAACUCUACCAAGAAACACAAUCAACCAUCUUAGGCCAACGUUGACUGCCAAAUGUCCAAAGGUUUGUAAGGAACUGUUUGGAGUGACAUUGACAGUAGAGAAGAAGGCAGUCCAUUUUCAAAGGUUUUAACAAAUUGUCAUGAUCCAAAACAAUGAUAAUAUGAUAAAGAUUUUAAUAUCUGAAAAUGUCAUAACAUUUAAAUCUAUUUUUUUUUUUUGAAAAAGAAAAUUGUGUUUUACAAAAUAUUAGAAAAUAAAAUUAUUUUACUUUGGCUGUUUACUAUAAAAUUAAACUGAUCAAAUUGAUUAAAAAGGAAGUAUGAGCUGCUAGUAAUAAUGAUAAACAAAAAGAUAAAAACAGAUGAUGGUGAGAGAGGAAAAAGAAUAAAUUUUAUUCUAUUUUAAAAAGAGAUUCUUAGCAAAAUUCUAGCAAUUCUUAUGCUAUAAUCUUAAUCUAUAUUAACUUAUUAAUUUAAUACUGCACCAAAAACUGCUGACAUUCCUUGUUUUUGUUUGGUAGCGGGUGGAAAAUCAUCUUUCUUCGCCUGGAUACAAAUUCUUAGACAUUUACAUAGACUUACCUUUCUGGUUAUUGUCCUGAAUCGGGGUCCGGACAAAUAAUCCCCGGACAAAUAAUCCCGGACAAAAAAUCCCCAUAAAUUAUCCCUGGACAAAAAAUCCCCGGACAAAAAAUCCCCGGACAAAUAAUCCCCGGACAAAUAAUCCCCGGACAAAAAAUCCCCACAAAAAAACCCGGACAAAUAAUCCCCACAAAUUUUUUUGGACAAAAUAUCCCCACAAAAAAUCCCGGACAAAAAAUCCCCAAGAAAUAUUUGCUGCCGAAUAGUUCUCUAAAAGUUUUCCCGAAAUUUUACCAAAUUUCUAAUUCCAAUUCCAUGCUAAAAACUUCAAAAUUUACAUGACAACAGAGUGUGAGUUUUUUCAAAAAUCGUGGAAGAUAUGGGAAAUGCGCUAAGGACCCGUUCUCUUGACAGGUGCUUCAUAACGCCCGAUCUACAUGUUAACGCGCGUUUUAGAUCAUUAAAGCGCGCGUUGGCAUGUGAACCGUCUCAAGUAAAAUGUAUGUAGUUGUAAUCGUGCGUUAUCAAAACGCGCGUUAAGCGCCUGUCAUGAGAACGGGGCCUUAGCUCAUUCCCCAUAUCUUCCACGAUUUUUGAAAAAACUCACACUCCUUUGUCAUGUAAAAUUUGAAGAUUUCAGCAUGGAAUUAGAAUUCGAAAUUUGGUAAAAUUUCGGGAAAACUUUUAGAGAACUAUUCAGCAGCAAAUAUUUCUUGGGGAUUUUUUGUCCGGGAUUUUUUGUGGGGAUAUUUUGUCCAAAAAAAAUUGUGGGGAUUAUUUGUCCGGGAUUUUUUGUGGGGAUUUUUUGUCCGGGGAUUAUUUGUCCGGGGAUUUUUUGUCCGGGGAUAAUUUGUGGGGAUUAUUUGUCCUAGCUUCCCUGAAUCGAUAGGCUAGUCGAUAGUCCUCAGUUUUUGCUAUCACAUAGCCAAAAGCCAAAAUUCAUGAAAAAGUGAUAUUCCUUAUUUUUCCCCUGUACUCUUCAAUUACUAAUGGAUCUUCUUUCGAAUCUUCCAUAUUUGCACAUGGUACAAUAGUCUUCCUUAGCUGCAAUUUGUUUCCUUCUUUCGUGCACAGUCGUCUGUCUUUUCCAGUCCUCUAUAUCUAUCUAUCAAUUGCCCUUCAUUUGUCCAAAGUUGAACGUAGAACUCCCCCUUUUAUUUUUCCACUCUUCUCGGUUCAGCGCUAAUGCUGUCCAUCUGAUCCCUGCGUAUCUUUUUAGGGUCAUCUGACCAUCUCGUCUGCGGUCUGCCCCUUCCUCCAGUCCUUAAGUCGUCUAAAUUAACCUCUGCAGACUCACUACAAAUUGAGUUAAACGAUAUAUUAUGACGCUUGCAGAAACUUUCCAACUGCCCAUUUGGUGCUGCAAAAUUUUCCAUCUUCAAACUACUUGCUGUCUCUAGUUCUUUUCCUUUAAGUAGCGGCUCAGAUAUUGGAAAUGACUUAUUUCUGGCUCUGCAAAACCAAUUAUUGUAGACGACUUAAUCCAUUGCCAAUCCUUUUGUUAUUUAACACCUUCCUUAACAUUAUUUUUUAUACUAUCGUUAAUUUGAGUUUUUCCAAUCUCAUAUUUUUCUGCCAACUUUUGCGAACUUAAAUCAUACUUUUCACUUUCGGCGUUUAUACUUAUAUUUUGUCUUUUAGCGACAAACGUUUCUUCUUUUGCGAUAUAUUAUAGCAACUUAAGAACCCUUCGAACACAAAGAAAACUUUUAACUAACGAAAUAUGUAUGUAUCAGAAAUAAGGACCAUAAUUAUGCAGGUUAUUUCAUGCCUUUUUAGGUAGAUACCUUAAAUACGUCAUAGUGUUAGUAUUUUCAUCAACAAAGAGAUAAAAAUAUUUAAUAGGUAAUAUUAUUAAGGUACGAUUCCGACAACAACGUCAGACGGCAGUUAAAGUUGUCACCAUGACAGAAGGCAUUACUUUCUACUAUUAAUUUGUGUAAUUAUUAGCAACUGACGUUCUGCUGGACAGCAGUUGCAGUCAGAUGUCGGAAUCAUUCUCAUACAAAUUAAUAGUGCAAAGUAGUGACGUCUGUCACGACGACAACUGCAACUGUCGUCUGCAGUCGUUGUCGGAAUCGUACCUAUAUCGUAGGCAUAUCAAUCAACAAGGAGACAAAAAUAUUUUGGCCGAUAUUAACAGGUAAAUUUCUGUGAAAUGAAAUUUAAAAAUUUGAGAUUAUUUGGCCGCGGCCGUAUUGUAAAGGUAAAUACCAGGUCAUGCAUAAGGGAAUCUACAUAUUCGGUUUGGGAAAUUUUGAAACUGGCCGUUGGUACAGGUGGCUGUUGACUAGUGUUGACACAGGUUUUACUGUAGAUUGAUAACGUUCUGUCAACUAGGUAACUAUGGUCAAAGUAACUAUGAUAUAUUUUAGAUUAUGUAUGGCACCGAUCGGAGCCGUUUAAUGUACGGUUGUCGCCGAUUGGUGCCUUUUUAUAUACGGUUGGCGCCGAUUGGUGCCGUAUGGAAAUUUAAGUCAGUACAUUUAUCGUUUCAUAUCACAAUUUACGUAAUCACGAAAAACAUUGUAUUAGCAAUAUUUCUUAUGAUAAACUAGGUACUUGUACGGGUAACUAUAUAUAGUCGUUCAAAAGUCUUCCAGUUGUAGGUUACUAUUUUUAGCUUAGGAAAUAUUUUGCCACUCUUUAGCUAGUUGUUAUUAAGCGGUAUUAUGUCUAUUAUUAAUUUUUGUUACUGUUUAAGUUGGUGCAAAAUAAUGCAAAUACUAUUAUAGGUUAACUAGACAAGGCGAGAACGGCGGGUUCGUUGAAAAAAUUAUUCCCAUGAGUUUUUUUUGCAUAAUCACAUUCGUGAGACACCCCAGAAUAAGGUCGACAGCCGAGCGCCCGCCCUGUCAUAAACGCUGCAUUAACAAUUAAAAAACAAUAGUUUAAAAUAAAAUACUUAACGGGAACGAAUAAAGGAAGGUUUGAACUUUAAUUUAGGCACUUGGUAACCUGAAAAAUAAUAUUUUUACUGGUGCUUUUGGGCCUUGAAAAUCGCCAUUUUUCAAUUUUAAAUUGCUUAUAACUCGAAAAUGAUCAAUUUUAGAGAAAAAUUACAAGACACCUUUUUUUGUCCAGAAUGGUCCAAAAAACCUAAAAAAAUUGUCCGAGCGAAAAUAUUGAUUUUUGCAAUUUGUUUAAAAAAAAAAUUGUUAAAAAAAUUUGGACCACUUUUCGCGUGGGCUACUUCUUAAACCUUAUUCUGGGGUGUCUCACGAAUGUGAUUAUGCAAAAAAAUCUCAUGGGGAUAUUUUUUCCAACGAACCCGCCGUUUUCAGCUUGUCUAAACAGUACAUAUUUAGUCUUUAUUGCAUAUCAUACAAAUAACUUGUCAAAUACCAGCCGCCGUCGGAUGAUGAUAUCAAUCAUUUUAAUAAUUUUUAAUAAUUUCAAAGCUCUGAUUUGCUGCUCGUAUUUUCGAAAUACUUUUUUUAGUGAUGUAAGAAUUGUUUGAAAUGAAUUUAUUUUAGAAUUUUUGUUAGGGCUUUACUGUAUUUUAAUUAAAUUAUUAGUUAACCGUU